GUGAAAGCAGCUUUUUCACAGCAGCCAUGUCAGGCAGCAGCCCUGUACAGCAGAUCCAGGAUGAGGUGACUUGUUCCAUCUGCCUGGAGCCUUUUAAAGACCCAGUGAUUCUAGACUGUGGGCACAAUUUCUGCCAAGCCUGCAUCACCAACUACUGGAAGGCGUCGGGCGCAGGGAUUUGCCCCCAGUGCAGGCAAUCUCUCCCUGAGGGGGAGCUGAGGCCGAACAAGGAGCUGAAGGCCGUGGCAGACAGAGUGAAAGGCCUAGAUGGAGACUGCAAGAAACACGGAGAACGUUUCAGUCUUUUCUGCCAAGAGGAGCGGACCCUCAUCUGCAAGGUUUGCAGAGAGUCUUGGCAACACAGAGCUCACCGCGUCCUUCCCAUUGAGGCAGCUGCAGAGGAGUUUAAGGAGCAGCUUGUGAGACAUCAGAAUGGUUUUCAACAUGCGAGAGAGAAGCGAGAGAGACGGGCAGCUGCUGAAGAGAGGAAAUAUCAGAUACUGCUGGAGCAAACGGAAAGAGAGAAGAAGGAGAUUGUGUCUGAAUUCAAGCAAGUGCACCAGAUUUUGACACAUGGAGAGAAACUCACAUGUAACAAGCUGGAAGGCACGAAAAAGGAUCUUGUGAAAGCGAGGAAUAAAAAUACAGAGGGGCUAUUACGUCUCGAUAACCUGAUAGAUGAGAUAAGACAGAAAUGCCAGCAGCAAGGGAUUGAGGUCCUCCAGGACAUUGACAGCACCUUAAACAGGUAUGAGCGGGUGAAAGGUGAGGAGGAGGCCUCUGCUGAGUCGCUGACUGAACUGGAGAGCAGAGUGCAGGCUCUGUCAGAGAGCCAGAAAGCUCUGCGUGAGCUGCUGCAGCGUUUCGGAGAGUUGGCUCCAGAAUUAGGUUUUCUUGAAAAUGUCUCAUCUGAGAUUCAGAGACAAGUGAGUGGUGAAGACCUAACGGAGGAUGUGGCUGAUGACCCUAAACAAAAGGACACUUCUGUUUACCUGUUGCACUGUGAGGAUGGGAAACUCAGCUCAGACAGCUGCCAGGAGCAAGAAGUUGUCUCUACUGACAAACAGAACAAUUUAAAUGACUCUCCCAUCAAGGGAGUCUUUGAGCUGAAGACAAUCACAGACCUUCUUAAAGACAGGGGAUUUGCCUGGUGCCCUCCCUUCAAGCUCAACAAAAGGAGCAAAUCAUAA